AUGUUCCUGUAUCUUCUUGGACUGCUGGCGCUUUGGCUCGCGUAUCGCUGGUACAAGGAAGCCAAGAGGGUUCCCAACGAGCAGGAGCGCUACGUCUACGUCACCGGCUGUGACUCCGGCUUCGGUCACCUGCUCGCGAGGCACCUGGACGAGCUGGGGUUCCGCGUGAUCGCCGGCUGUUACACAGAGAAGGGCGAGGACGCGCUGAGGGAGGCCUCGUCCACCAGGCUGACCGCCGCCCGCCUCGACGUCAGCGACUCGGAGAGUGUCCGACAGGUGGCCGAUCUGAUCAAAACUCUGGUUGGGGAGAAGGGCCUGUGGGCCGUCGUGAACAACGCCGGCGUUUCGCUGCCUUCCGGUCCCACCGACUGGCUCACCAUAGAGGAUUACAAGGGCAUGCUGGCCGUCAACCUGGGCGGCGUGAUCGACGUAACCCUCAGCGUCCUGCAGCUCGUCAAGCGGGCCAGAGGCCGAGUGGUGAACGUCUCCAGCGUGUUCGGGCGGAUCAGCCCGUUCGGGGGUCCCUACUGCGUGUCCAAAUACGGGGUGGAGGCGUUCAGCGACAGCCUGCGUCUAAACAUGGCGCCGUUUGGAAUCAAGGUGGCCUGCAUCGAGCCAGGCUUCUUCUCAACAAAUGUGACCAGUACAGAUUUGGUGCAGAAUAACGUGAAGCAGCUCUGGGACAGACUGCCUCAGGAGAUGAAGGAGGAUUAUGGACAGGACUUCUUGGCGGAAACUCUGCAGGGUGUGGACGCCAGGUUCGAGCAGUUAAUAGACAAAGACCUGAUGAAGGUGGUCAGCUGCAUGGAGCACGCCAUCGCCGCCGUUCACCCUCGCACCCGCUACUCUCCCGGAUGGGAUGCCAAGUUCUUCUGGCUGCCUCUGUCAUACAUGCCCACCUGCAUCACUGAUCGAAUUUUUAUUAGAAAUACCCCAAAACCCAAAGCGUCUGUGCUGUAGCCUUGUCAAAUCUACAUGGCGGAGUAAAACUGGUUGAAGAUUUCCAUUGCAGAAAAUGUUAACCAAGGUUUACGCCAUUAAAAUGGUCAUGGCCUGUACUAAG